AUGCAAAGUUGGGAGGCACAUCCGGUUCGUUCACAGGACAAUGCAGACACCAUGAACCCGAAGGUCAUCGUUGACGAUAUUGCCCAUCGCCACGCUUGGGCUUCGUUUGAAGACCAAUCUUACGACCUUAUAAUGGAGCACACAUGCAGGACUUGUAUGUCGAAAAGAGGCCGAAAAGGUACGACGACAUCUAAGAGCACACUUCUCGCUGGGUGUCUGCCGCCCUGCGUCAUCUUGCGUUUUCUAUAUGACAUCGUCUUCGUAUCCAUUUUGCGGCAGCGCAUUGAAUUCGACAUAGACGCGGAUACCAACUCUAUUCGCCCCAAAGGGCUACAUCCAUAUCAAGAGGCCCUUAUCCCAAGAAAGCUCCACCCGUGCAAUGCCAUCCUGUCAGACGAGAUUUUGUCUGAACCUGGAAACCUCAACCACGCCAGAAGCGACCGGGAUUUGCGAUACCCAUGGGAGGACGCGCAGACGCAGAAUAGCAAGUCAAUUUGA